AUGUACUGCAACUACUACGGUGGCUACGGCUGUGGCUAUGGCUCAGGCUAUGGCUGCGGAUACGGUUCCCGCUAUGGCUGUGGAUACGGUUCCCGCUACGGCUGUGGCUAUGGCUCAGGCUAUGGCUGCGGAUACGGCCCCCACUAUGGCUGCGGAUACGGCUCCCACUAUGGCUGCGGAUAUGGUUCCGGCUAUGGCUGUGGGUAUGGCUCCGGCUAUGGCUGCGGAUACGGCUCCGGCUCCGGCUGUGGAUAUGGUUCCCGGUAUGGCUGUGGAUACGGAUGUGGAUAUGGCUCUGGCUAUGGCUGCUUUAGCUAUCGCCCAUUUAGCUACAGAAAAUGCUAUUCUUCUUGCUGUUAG